UUUAUAACUUUUUAUUAAAAAAAAACAUUUAUCUCUGGCAUAAAUUAUAUAUUUGAAUUAUUUUUUUCAGAACAAGACAAGUCCCAAACACUCAUCCACCUGAUGAGCUUUUUCAGCACCACGGACAGGUCUUCCAAAUAAAUAAAACGCCAGUCCAUUAUUCUGUUAUUUUUUUUUUAAAUGUCCAGACGAAAGGUUUAUGUUUUCGCAUUUAAAUUGAUUAAGAUAUAAAUUCGAUUACAGGAACCUGAAGCAAAUAGGUUAAGAAAAACUGGAAACUGUCACCAUCUCUCUGGCGGUAUUUAUAUCGGAGCUUUGUCCCCUAUUAAAAAGGCCUACAUUUUAAACCGGUCUUUUUCACCGCCCACGAUUAGCAUAUCCCAAGGUUAUAUAUCUUGGUAUUUAUCUGUUUUCUUAUUUUUUUACAUUAUUACAUCAUCUACAGAGAGAGGAGAAAAACAAAACAGUCGGAUGAAUUUCAAACGUAGUAUUCCGUGAAACGCACAGCAAAUUCCUGUAAGAUGUAUUUAGAGUUUCCGACGCAGUAGUGGGAAAUAUUUUGUAAUAUUCACCGAACCCUCGUUUUUUAAAAGAGCUGAAGGCGUAUUUUAAUGGGAUCUAGAAAACAGUGUCUUUUCCUCGUAUCUUCAUUUUUUUUGGCCAUAGUCCGAGCUCCUACUGUGUUCUCAGACAGUCCGGACUAAUCAAACCUUUCCACGUGGGCCAGCGCCAGUUGUCUGGUUGCUAGGAGACUUGCUGCACUUUCUGUUUACUGCGCGCAGACAUCCAGGCCUCCUGGACAGAAAAAGGCAUAAAAUGUAGUUAUACAUGCCGAUACAGACGUACGCGGAGAGACAUAACUUUAGGGGACGCAAGCACCUGACGAUUUCGAAUUACUGCCCGAAAGUACUGCGCUUUUCAAUGUCCAGGGGUAUAAGGCUAGAAAAAAACAAUUUAAGUAUGGCAGGAAAUCAGAGGAAGCUGCUAAGCCAUAGUGAAGAACUGAAGCUGAGAAAGGAGCUUGAGAGCUUACACAAGCAGUCUCAGCAGGAUUUUCUUCAUUUCAAGCAGAUGAUCAGCAAUUCUUAUCGAAAUAUGAGUUUCCCGACUGUACUGCUGGAUUCCUCACCAGAUCAAUCCCAUACGACAAACACUGAAACUCUCAGGGGACUUCACAGUCAUCAAAGUACCCUUGAAAAUAAAAGCACAAUUAUUUCUGGUAAGUUGUUUGGCCCAGACAAUAUUCAGGUAGGCAUUUUGAAAUCCCCAAUUGCCUCACCUCCAAAAGAACUGAAGAAGGAAAGUGUCCAGAACCAUGUGGCUGGAAGUAAGGAGGCAAAUCAUCAUGUACCUGUUAUGAGUUUGCAAAGCUGCCAGAAAGAGUCUAAAUAUACUAGAAAUAAAAGCCAAAACAGUGCAGCCCUGAAGCCCGCUAUUGCUCAACAAGUGGGAACUACAAAAAUUGUUUUACUGUCAAAACGACCUGAGCCACCUCAGAAACCCAAAUCAGUACAACCAGUGACUCGAGGGACUCGGACCAGAGUACGUGCUCCGGUGACACCUGCUGCAGGAGAGUUGGGAUCAGCUACAAUGAAAAACCAGCUACAUAGGAACAAGCGAAGAGGGACGAGUGUAACAGUUCCGCAAGUCUUGAGCUCUGACAGUAGCGAUGAGAGUGAAAAUAAUGACGAUUCUCACUCCGAAGACUCUGACGAAAGUGUGCGCUCAGAAAGUCACCGGAAACACAGAGGAAAGGCUGGAAAGAAGAGGAGGAAAGUGGGGACGGAGAGCCAUCCCUCUGCACGGCAUCAGCAGCCAACAUCUGUUGACAAUGGAAACUCUGCGAGCCGGCAAAGCACCGUGGGAUCCAGCCACGCUCAUAGUGUGAGGUCUGCUUCAGAGCUGCUGGAGGAGGCUAUAGACAUAGCUAGAACAGAUGCCUCAGUGAAUGAGAAAUACUUCCAGCAGAGACAGCCAGAAGGGUCCACGUUAACAGCAAAGACACUGGUUAGGGACAGUGCAAGAACUGUGGAUGAAAUAUUUGCAUCUCUGCAGUCCGGGAACAACACAGACUCCCUCUCGGCAUCGGACCAGAUGAUCAAAGAGCUCAUGGAGAGAGUGCUUGGCCACAGCUAUGGUAGUGAAUGUGAGGAAAGUGUUUCAAAAGAGGAUUCAACAAAUGAAUCAAAGCUGAUAAAAAGUGAAGGACCUGAAAGGAGUGAAGCAGAAGAUUUAAAGGAAGAUGUCGAUGGCAGGCCAGUGCAGACUCCAGAUGCGUUAAAAGAUGACAUUUUACAUCAAAAUAUCCCCAUGAAAAUUAUUCAGAAAAAAGAUCCAGCUGGAGUGUCACCAGUUACACAUAUUUCAUCUGAUGUUUCCUUGGCAUUCAAAGAAGGCUCUUCCCAGAUUAUGUCUCCAGAAGAUUUUUCAUUCGGCCAAGAGGAUAUUAAUAUUAGCGGAAUAGAGCUUCCUAAACAGGUGACAUAUUCGGAUAUACUUCAUGUGAAGGGACAGCGAUUGUCAGCCACAGGCGAACAGCAAACAGCAAUAUGGAAAAGUGAACCAAUGGAGCACAUUUCCUUUUUGGCAACAUGGACUCCAAAACUUCAGGCUAAGGAGUAUAAAACCAUCCACCACCUCUGUACUCCUCCAUUUAGCCAAGUUCUGCCUUUGGGUUUACAAUUGGCUUCUCGGGCUUUUCAUACUCCAAGCAAAAUGCCUGCAGGUCCCUGGAUUUUUCCACAGGUGGCAGCACUGAGUCUCUUCACAGACCAGGCAGAGAAACACAGGAUUCUAUCAGAAGAAGGGAGAAAUUCAAAAGUCUCUGAAGCUAGUCCAGAGGAUGGAGUUGUAUGUCUGCCAGCACAGUCCCCAGAGAGUUUAGCUGAAUGGCAAAGGAUUGCAGAGUAUUAUAUAGACAGACCAAGGAUGGUACUUUUAGGAAGACAGGCUUCCAUGUACACAAAUGAGUCAAGAAUGCUUUGGCACCUAGCACCUCCAAAGUUCACUUUUGCACCUUCGUUCGUGCAGGACAAGUUAUUUCCAAAGUACCAGGAAACAAGAAACACUGUACUGAGCGAAGAGCUCUGUUGUGACCUGCAAGACAGGAUUGAAACAGACUACAGCCUUUUGAAUGUGGAACAUAGAGCUUCAAUGGAGAAUACUUUAUUCCGAAGUUGCAGAUCCAUGGUGAAUUUAAGUUCAGCUGAAGAAACCUCUCUGCCUCUUUUACUGGAUAGUGGUUCUAAGACUGUAAUGAAAAGGUCAGAGUCGGCUCCCAAUCUUUCUACAGGACCAGAAACACUUUUGAAGGUGGCCGCUGAUUUUAAAGCUGUCACAAAGGAACUGGAGGCUGUAAAGAGGCAGUUCGCUCAGUUUAAGACGGUGACCCCAGUAGAAACCUCAACAGUGCAUGUUUUGAACGAAACGUUGUCAACACAGUUGGUCCAAGCAGAUGUUCCAGAUCCUGCCAGUGGUCAAGUCCUAGUUGUGCAAAGAAAGGAGAAGGAAGAUCUCUCCCCAUCUGAUGCAGCACGGAAAGCAGGAAUGAAAUACAUCAUAUAUCCAAGGAAGAAGGCCAAAAAAGAAACUAAGAAGCUUAGCCCCGAAAAGCUAGGUUUUGUACAGGAGAAAUUUAACCAACCUCCAAGGAUGUUGUCAAGGUCCGAGUCUUUGCCCAAGCUGCAGAUGAGAACAGAUCGCUCUUUAAGGGCACCUGAGAAGAUCCGGCACUCUAGAAGACCCAGUCUUCCCCUGCAGCUGGAUUUUGAAGAAUUUGCUGAAGAUCAAGGAGGAAUCCCCAGGAACAUCGUUCCUAGAGAGUGGGCGAGGAGUAUUUGGAACACCUGGUUCGACGAAGUGUUUCCCCCACCUGAAGAACAUCCCGGAGUGGAUUACUUCAGGCCCGACUUGCUGGGUAUAAAAAACCCCAACGACAAAUCUCACGCUGACAGGGAAGUGCCAGUGCCAGAAGGAGUGGACCUCUCCUCUACCCUCGAUGAGGCAGUCACUACUGCCGAUUUACAGGUUGAAGUGGAGAGGCUCACACAGCUUAUAUCAGAGAAGGAACUAUCUAGUGCCAUCCAUUUAUGCCGACGAGGAGCUCUCAAUAAAAAACUAGGUCAUCUUAACCUUGCACUGGAAGAUCUUAAUACAGCAAUAAGAAUAGAGCCACAUUUGCUUGAUGCAUACUGGCAUAGGCAUAGCAUUCAUUUGCUAAAGACUAACCUUGAAAAGGCCUUGGAUGACCUGAAUUUCAUAAUAAAGCACAAUAAGACCCAUGCAGAUGCCUAUAAAUCAAAGGCAGAAAUUUAUCGAAAGAAAGGAGACAGUACAUUGGCCAUAAUAAAUUACACUCAGGCAAUUAAAUGCAGACCAGAAGACGACGAGAACUAUUUUCGGAGGGCUGAGAUGUAUGAAAAGAGAAACGAAAUUUUACUAGCAAUGGAAGAUUAUGUGAAGACCUUCACCAUCAAUCCCAGAAGGACAGAUGCUUUGAUGAUUCAUGGCUUGCAUUACUUUCGCACUUCAAACUGGGUGGUAGCUCUUUCUGAUUUCACAGCCCUGCUCCAGCAGGAGCCUAACAACGCCCAAGCUAGGACCUACCGGGGGAGAAUAUAUGCCAAGUUGUGCCAAUACCGAGAAGCCAUAGAAGAUUUGUCUGCAGCAGCUCAUCUGGACCCCAGCAACUGGGUGGCCUUCUACUACAGAGGCUGCUUGCUGAGGAAGAUCCACCCUGAGAUGGCACUGAGGGACCUCAGUGUCUCUGUUCUGAUCAACGACAGCUUUGAAAACCUCGGUGCUCUCCUCCACCGUGGGAUUCUUUACACAGAUUACAGUCAGUGGGCUCAGGCUAUUUGUGACUUUGAACAUGUGCUGAGGCUUGACAGAUUUGUUCCUGUUGCACAUGUAAACCUGGGACUUGUCUACAUGCUGAAAAUGGACCAUCAUUAUGAGGCAAUUCGGAGAUUCACAAAUGCCAUAAAAGUGGAUCCUACUUACAUCAGAGCAUAUAUUUGUAGAGCUCAAGCUUAUCACAAGGUGCAUGAUAUACAGAGAGCACUGAAAGACUUAACGCAUGCUAUCCAUCUCCAGCCUGAUGCACAGCAUCUUUACAUAAUGAGGGGCCAGUAUUUGUGUGACAUGAAGGAAUUUGAGCUGGCUAGUUUCUGUAUCCAGUAUGCUGCUGAAAUGAAUAAAGCUAUAGGCUCAUGUCCUGUGCAGCAGGCAGCAGUCCACUCCUUCCUGGACAACAACACAAAAGCUAUUGACUGUCUCGCCACAACCACAAAAACACGUCCCACCCCACCCAUCUUCAUCCUUCUUGGAAAAACACAGAUGAAAGCCAAGAAAUAUAAGGAUGCAGUCGAGAGUUUCAAAAAAGUACUGAUGCUGCUGUGCCCCAAUGAAGAUGGGUUGUGUACUGUACCUGAGGCUGCUGAAGUGUUUUACUUCAUUGGCCUCUGCUACAUGGCCCAGGUCAAUUUACUACAGGCUCUGGAAGCAUUCAGUAAUGCAGUGAAGAUAAACCCUGAUUAUGCAGAUGCCUUCUACCAGCGUGGACUUUGUCGGAUGCGUCUUCAGCAAUCGAAAAGUGUGCAGGAUUUCAAUCGAGCUCUUUCAAUCAACCCCAACCUUUUUCAGGUAUAUCUAAGUCGUGCUGCUUUCUAUGGAGACAAGGGGCGCUACUCAAAGGCUAUUCUGAACUGCAAUGAAGCUAUAAAGAUCCAGCCCAAGAGUGUGAGAGCAUAUCUUUACAGAGGUGUGCUGAAAUUCUACAUGAAGGUAUACAGGUAUGCUGUGGAGGACUUAACCACAGCCGUCAGUAUUGACAAGAUGUGCUCCCUUGCCUACUAUAACAGGGGUGUGUGCUACCAGGAAAUGAAGGAGUAUAAAAAUGCUUUAAGAGACUAUGGAAUCGUUCAGCUUCUUGGAAGCAGGAGAGAAAUAGAUCUGAAGGUGUUGGUUAAUCGUGGCCUUCUGUAUGUCGAGCUGAAUGACUACCACAAUGCCCUCCAGGAUUUUGAAGCCGCCUCAAAGAAGAGCCCAGAAGAUGCCACUAUCUUCCAUGCACUUGGAGUCUACCACCACAGACUUGGACAUCUGGAGGAAGCUGCUGCUGCCUUUACCCAGGCGAUGACGCUGAGCCCCUUCUUCUUGGAUGCCUGUGUGGGACGAGGGAAUGUAUACAUGGACUAUGGCCAUGAGGCGGCAAGCAAGCAAGCACAAAGAGAUUUCCUCACAGCACUGCAUUUAAACCCUCUGUGCACCAAAGCUAGAAUCAACCUGGGAUAUAACUUCCAGGUGUUUGGGCAUUUCAAGAAAGCUUGGAAUCAGUUCACAAUUGCAUCCGACAUCGAUCCAGCUUGCUGGGCCGCUCAUGAGGGAAGAGCUGUCAUCAACCUUCAGAUGGGCCACACUUAUGAGGCUUUUCAGGACAUCAAUAUGGCUUUGAAGCAUAAUCCUGUUUCUGAGCUGUUGCUCACAAACCGCGGUGUCAUCCACCAAUUCAUGGGAGACAAUAUGAAUGCCAUGAAGGACUAUCAGAAUGCAGUUUCAAUCAACCCACAUUAUGCAUUGGCCUUUUUUAAUGCUGCAAACAUGUACUUUUACAACAGACAAUUUAAACAGGCCAGCGAUUACUAUACAAAGGCGAUCGAUCUUGAACCAAGUAAUGAGUCAGCGUUCCUCAAUCGUGCCAUCACAAGGAGUCUGCUUCGGAAUGUGUCAGGAGCCCUAAAGGACUUUGACGAAGCCUUAAAGCUCAACCCCUUCUCAGCUCAUGUAUAUUUUAACAGGGCUAAUCUCUACAUCUCUCUGAAGAAAUACAGAUCUGCAGAGAAAGACCUCUCUCAAGCUCUUCUUCUCCAGCCCAGUGAUGCUCUGGUGUAUAAACUUCGAGCUGAUGUCCGAGGGCAUCUUGGGUUGACCGAGUUAGCCAUUGCAGAUUACAAGACAGCAGUUCAACUCCAGGAAGCUGCCCAGCAUGUGUAAAAACAGGACAUGAUUGUACUUCUGACUUUCUGUUUAGAGGCCCCUUGUGAUAACAUUUUGUAUGAUGCAUUUUCUAUUUAAACUCUUGCUUAGUGAUUAGACAAUGUUUCUCAUGUCUCAAAGAUAUCUACACUUUAUACAAAGCACUGUAUGCAUGUUGUACAAAGGUUAGUAAAUUACGGUCAAUUCAGACACAGAAUUAAUGUCCAAGCGGUAUUACAUACAAUAGAAAAUGUGACAACACAAAUGCACAUCUACCAAGAACCAAGGAAAUCUUAUGCAAUUUUCGUACUGGAUAUAAAUUAUUAAAUGGGUGUCAUUACAAUUUUUUCUUCUUUCCAUUUAUAGUUAUGGGGUAUAGGUUUUGACAUUUUAUCGGACAUCCUGUAUCUAAUUGGGGUCAUUUUAACAAAAUGUGUAGAACGUGCAGAUGUUUUGUCAUUAACAAUAACUGUGCAAUAGAAUUAAAAUAUAAAUAAAAUGGAAGCCUUACUAAAUGCUUUAUAGCAAUUAGUUUGGCAGCUACCAAUGUUAUGUGGAGCUGAGAAUUUUCCUAAUUGGCGAUAUGACACCAGAGUCUGUACUUUACUGGUGUGGUGUCUCGUUCAGUUAGCAUUCAGUUUCAGCCAUGCAGCAUAACAGUUCAUAAUAAUGACUUUUGCAUGCUUAAUGAGGACUGCAAACCUGCAUUCUAUAUUUCCUGGCAGAGAUCGCAGAGGGGAAUUUGACAUUCUAAAUACUGCUAUUUAUCACUGUUGACACCAAAAUCCUAUAUCCUUUAUUACUUUUUAAUUUUUUUGCAAAGCAUAUCCUGCAAUUAACUCAUUCUUCACAGGAAUACUAAACAUCAAGUUCCCUGGGAUGCAUUUUUACCCUCUUAAAAAUAUAACAAAAGGGGUAAAUAGAUAUAACCAUUAUGUGUGAAGUUUUUCUUGCAUAAAAAUCUUUUUUGCUUUUACUUCUGUUGCAAGAUUCAUCUUCGUUUUUUCAAUUACAGUACCCUGAAUUUUG